AUGGAGACUCCCAUUGUCUCUGAUAAGAAAAACAUCAUACUUGCUCUCCAGCUGGGCUGCCUGUUCUCCCAGAUCAAAAAACUAGAGCUUCAGCUGGGAAAUAUUCUACAGAUGAACCCAAGGAUGAAGACAUUCAAAGUGGACACGACCUCGGAUGCAGACACAGCCAACAGCCAGCUUAUUUGUGAUCACACAAGGAACGUGCAUUUGGGUCUGACAAGCAGCAGAGUCCAGCCUGGCCUCCUUGAGGUCCACUUCCAGAGUAUUUCCUUUCAGGGUGUCGAUGCUGGGGCCCAUAUCUUUAAUGCGUUGGAAUCUCUGCCAGAGCCAUUUUGUCCAUUCUUUGCUCCUGCAAAUGUGUCUCUGGAAAAUCAAGGCCUUCUGGUGUCUGUCCUGUGA